AGAACAUUAAUACUCCUAACAACAAAACAAAUGACACUGACGGCGACAUAUGGCUGAAAAUUAAAAUUACAAAUGAUGGAAAAUUGUGGAAAAAACCACGAAAAUGAAAACACAUAUAUUUAAAGUUCAUCUUUUAUUUUAGAUUUUUCCAAUGUGCAUAUUUUUCAUUAAAUUUCACGAACACUAAACAGUCUCGUCGUAUUCGUGAUGUCGUAGAUAAAUGCGACCGACAGCGAGUGAUAAGCGCGCGCUACUCGUGCCCGUUUCGUGGUUCUUAUCGCACUAUUUGUUUGCCAGUGCUCGUGCCCUCUCUCGACCCCCUGGUUCCUUGGCCCGCUUAUCAGAACCAACAUGAAUAAAAUGAGACGACAGGAGGUAAUAAUUUCACAUUCUGUUGUACACUCACGCGCGGUCGCACAUCCGUAAAGUUCCGUGGUUGGGUUGUCACAAAUUUUGAAUUUGUAAGUUCCCUUGAGUUUCAAGUUUUCUAACUUGUGUUGUGAUUUCUCGUCCAUCCUGCAUCCAAGAGGAGGAAUGCCAAGUGACUGUCGAGACUGUUUGGGAAUUCGUUCUCGAAUUAACACCCUGCACCAAACCUGGAAGUGGCUGCAUCAGACGAUCGCCCUACACGAAUAUUUGAUCUCCCUCUCUUCGGCAGAUACUGACGCCGGGUUCCUUAUGCAUUAA